AUAAGCAAUUAACCCUUUCAUUUCGGUCGGCCGCAAAAUGAACGUUGGCCGCCCCCGACCCCGCCCUCGAGCAUUAUUCUCUUUCAUCUUCCUCCCUAUUUCUUGACUGAAAUCCUGAUCUGCAUAGCCAAUUCCACUAAUAUCAAAACCCUAAAUCAAAACCAUGAGCAGCUCCAUUCAUCUCUUCUCCAUCAACCCAGUUGAUUUCCGCCAUUCACGUUAUUCAAUCUCCCAAAACCGUCAAGUUUUGUCCCCAUUAGCCUGCCUGAAUGUGGACGUCCGGGCACCAGAUUCUGUCUCAUCGAAGCCGCCAGCUUUAGGACAAAAUGCUCAAAGGGUUAAAGAGAUUAUGGAGGAGGAGAACAGGGUUUUGGUGGGGACCUAUGCUAGAGCCCCUGUUGUGCUCUCUAGCGGCAAAGGUUGUAAAUUGUAUGAUAUUGAUGGUCGAGAGUAUUUGGAUUUGACCGCUGGAAUUGCUGUUAAUGCCCUUGGGCAUGGUGAUCCUGAUUGGCUGCAGGCGCUGACUGACCAAGCUAAUACCCUCACCCAUGUCAGCAAUAUAUAUUAUUCUGUUCCACAGGUUGAACUUGCCAAGCGUUUGGUUGCUAGCUCAUUUGCUGAUCGUGUAUUCUUUACGAACUCUGGUACAGAAGCAAAUGAAGCUGCAAUAAAAUUUGCAAGGAAAUUUCAGAGAUCUUUGCACCCGAGUGAAGAACAGCCACCUGUGGAGUUCAUUGCCUUCAGCAACUGCUUCCACGGAAGGACUAUGGGAGCUCUUGCUUUAACAAGCAAGGAGCAUUACAGAAUUCCUUUUGAACCAGUGAUGCCAGGAGUCAACUUUUUGGAAUAUGGUGAUACCCAAGCAGCAACAAAGCUGAUAAGUAGUGGCAAGAUUGCAGCUGUUUUUGUAGAACCUAUCCAGGGUGAAGGUGGUAUAUACAGUGCCACAAAGGAGUUCUUGGUGGCAUUGCGCACAGCCUGUGAUUGUGCUGGGGCACUUCUUGUCUUUGAUGAGGUUCAAUGUGGCCUAGGCAGGGCUGGUUAUCUUUGGGCUCAUGAAGCUUAUGGUGUAUAUCCAGAUAUGAUGACUCUUGCCAAACCUCUUGCUGGUGGUCUACCAAUUGGGGCUGUGCUGACGUCUGAAAGGGUUGCUGGCUGCAUUAGUUAUGGAGAUCAUGGUAGCACCUUUGCUGGCAGUCCUCUUGUUUGUAGUGCUGCAAUUGCCGUAGUAGAUAAAAUCUUAAAACCUGGAUUUUUGGCCAGUGUCUCCAAGAAAGGCAAGUAUUUUAAAGAUUUGCUAGUUAAGAAAUUAGGGGGAAAUGCACAUGUGAAAGAAGUACGGGGCUUAGGGCUUAUUAUUGGCAUAGAGCUGGAUGUACCGGCCUCACCACUCGUUGAUGCAUGUCGACAAUCUGGUCUUCUCAUUCUCACUGCAGGGAAAGGCAAUGUGGUUAGGCUUGUCCCUCCAUUAGUUAUAUCAGAGCAGGAACUAGACAUUGCUGCUGAAAUCUUGCUCGAUUGUUUGCCAGCUCUUGACGGGAGUAGCUAGAAAUAGAUGACAGUUCAGUUUCUUUUGUAUGUUGACUAUGUUUAGUUCAUGGAAUCCUAUCCCUGUUGUCAUAUACACUAGUCAGUAUCUUGUAUCAUUUGUAUGUUCAAUCUUAACAUACCUAAACACGAGACCAUCAAUUCUAGUUAGAUGAGGAAUAGUUUCACUGCUUAUAUUCGUAGUUACUCUCUUCUAAUGGUUUUAAACUC